AUAUUGGGCAAAAUUGCGCGCCCUUUGCUCGUUAACCAACACUGUCCGUUGAAUGCAACCCUGCCUGAACACACACAAGCGCAAAAAGACCCAGGGAGGCAAAAAUUCACACACAAGCAAAUCUUUUUUUGUUAUUAUUGAGCAGCAAAGAACAGCGCAGAAAAAAAAUCGAGCUUACGAACCUGAAAAGCAAAGCGUGUGUGUGGAAAACGGCAACAACAAUCAUUCGGAAGGGAAAACCAUAAGAAAAUUUAUCGCGGGGGAGCAAAAAUCGGCAAAUGAAGAAGCAGAGAAGGAAAGGAAGAAGAAGAAGCAGCGCAGCCGCUAAUUGUCGCGUCUUUCGUUGUUUUUGCUGCCUUGCAAAGACCCGAAAAUAAAAUAGGCGAAUAUAGCAAAUAAAUAAAAUACAGCAAAAUAUAAUUAUUAACAAAAUAAACAAAAGAUAUACUAAAAAGUAACAGCAAACUAAAGAAACGGGCAAGAAAGCAGCGGUUGAGAAAAAGGAGAACAACCGAAAAGGUCAAAAAAUUUAGUAAGCAAGCUGCACAAAAAACAAAAAAGAUGAGAGCAAAUCAAUAAUAAUAAUAACAAAAAUUGGAAAGGAGGAAAGAGCAAACAAGAGAGGAGCAAAUUUCAAUGUGUGCGUGUGAGAAAAACAAAAAAUUGUUAAUAAAAAUGUGGAAAUCAAGCAAGAAAACAACAACAAAAACAGCAAGCAGCAGCGCUGCCAGCAGCGACGUUAAAGUCAGCGUCGCCGCAUGGAAAGCACAAAAAACCGCAUGACAAGGAAAUGGAAAAUUUUUGUGCAGUCCAAAAAACCAAAUGUGAACAUAAAAGAAAGGCAAAAAACAAGGCGUUGAGCAAAAGAAAAACAAAACAAAACAUAAAUAAAACGUGUGUGUGCGUGUGUUUUCCAAUCUAAAAGAAUAAUAAUAAUAAUAACAGCGGCAUACAAAAAAUUAGAUUGAUAGAAAGGCGGAAAAUUUAAAGGAAGAAGAAGCAGAAUACAAGAAAUUAACUAAAGAAGAAGCACAGCUAGAAAGAAAAAGCUGCAAUAAAACAAAAAAAUAUACAACAAAAUAUAUUUUAAAAAAUGCCGCAAAAGGAUAGAUAAUAUUGAAAAAUAUUUGAAAAACUGAAUUAAAGGAAACAGCAACCGCCUAAAAAUAUUUUAAAAAACAGUAACUAAAGAGAUAAAAGGAAUCGGAUCUAAAAAACACGUAAGGAGCAGCAACUUUGGCAGCUAAAAACGCAAAUAAAUUUAACUAUAUUAUAAUAUCCGAACAAGACGUUAAACCAGCCGCCGCAAUCUGAGCAGCUACAUAAAAAAUAUAAACCGGUAAAAUAUAUUAUAAUAUUAUACCGCUGCCAUGGCCAGCAGCGCUACAAACGUCGACGGCGGCAGCGGGACGUCGGCGGCGCUGCCAUCGCUCUUCCCCGCCGUCGGCGCCGCUGCCGGCGUCAAGGAUGUGGACGGACUGAUUGCCAUUAACGAUAGCGCCCUAUCGCAACAGAUCGAAUUUAUACUGCAGGAUGCUCCCAUGGAGCAGGACGACGAUCCUCACCAGAACUCGCAUUCGCAUGUGCAUCACCAUCAUCAGCACUCGCAUUCGCAUCAUCAUCCCCACUCGCAUUCGCAUCAGCAGCAGCAUCUUCAUCAGCAACAGCAGCAGCAACACCAUCAUCCGCAUCAUCAUCUGAAGCUGGACAACAGCAGCAACAACCACCCACCGACAGCAACAGCAGCAGCAGCAACAACUGCAACAGCCACUGUGGCAACAGCAGCAGCAUCAACCAACAACAGCGCUUCCUUUAGCAACAACAGCAGCAGCAACAGCAAUAACCUCGACAACCAGCAACAGUUGCUGAUCCAGCAGCAACAUCAUUUAUUAAACGGACGACGCAUUAUUAUCCAGGCUACGGGUAACUCAUCCGUUUUGUCGGCCAGCGAAAUCAAAGAGGAGGACGAAGAGGAGGAAGAUCCCGAGUUGAAUGAUGAAAAUCUGCAGGAUAUCGAGGAGGAGGCUCAAGCUGCUGAGGCGGAUGAGGAACCGGAGAGCACCACGCAGCAUUUGUCCACACAGGUUAAGCUGGAACUGGAAGAGGAUGAUGAAAUGCCCGACGAGGAGGAGGAGGAGGAUGAGGAUGAUGACGAGGAUCAGCAUGGGCAACUGGAGUACCAAAUUAGUGCGGCUUCGCAAUCGGGAGGAUCGACAAGCAGUGCUGGUGGCGCCGCAACAACCGGUGGAGCACAACAAUUGGUUCAACUGCCCGCUGGGAGCAUUGUGAGCACCACCACCCACCGAUUGUCGGUGCCUGUGACCGAGGCGGCUCUUGUCCAGUUGCAGCGACGACCUGUUUACAUAAGCAACGCUGUGGGUGGCUUAACCGCUGGCACAACGUAUGUGAGAAUGCCAGCAGCGGCGGUUAUCAGCCGGAGUCCCAUGACGGUGCUGAAUGUGGUGCAACAGGCAUUACCGGCCACUCAGUUGAUAUUGCAAACGCAGCAGCAACAGACCCCGGCGGCGGAGCAGCAAUUGGCCUUGGCAUUGGAGCAACAAAGGCAGCAGCAAGAGCAGCAGGCCCAGCAACAAAGGCAGCAGCAACAAGAACAGCAAAGGCAGCAGCAACAGCAACAGCAGGCGCAACAAGAACAGCAGAGACAGCAGCAGCAGGCACAGCAGCAGCAGCAGCAAUCGCAGCAGCAGCAGCAACAAACCCAUCCAGUAAAGCAUUCAGCAUCCAGCUCUUCCUCCAUUAGCAACAGCAAUACAAGCACAAACUCCACCAACAGCAGCAGCAACAGCAAUCCUCCGGCGGCGAGCGUGACCACCAGUUACCAGUGCGUGGAGUGUGUGGAAAAAUUCGAUUCCAAGGAACUCUUCGACAUCCAUCGCAGUGGUCAUGCCAAUAAUAUGAAGUGCGCCAUUUGCAACAUGGUGUUAAAGUCUCUAAAGAACUACGAGAAGCAUUGCCUGCGCUGCAAGCCGUACGAGUGUCAGAUUUGCGGCAGAGUCGUCCGCUUCCGGCCUAACUUCAUCAAGCACAUGCGAGUGCAUACCGGGCAGCAGUCGGAGCGGCACAAGUACAAGUGCGAGGUGUGCCACAAGGAGUUCAUGAGCUUCGAGUACUUCAAGGUGCACAAGAAGAUUCACAACGAGAAUGUGAAUUUGACUUGCGAGAUAUGUGGCAAAGUGUUCAGUGCUCUGGCAUCGCUGAGAGGGCAUUCAAAGCUGCAUUCGGGGGUCAAGCUGCACAAAUGUGACGUAUGUGGCAAGGGCUUCGGACAGAGAUAUAACCUUAAAAUCCACGCCAGGACGCACACGGGUGACUUCCCCUUCGAGUGCAAGAUCUGCAAGAAGAAGCUCCACACGCAGUCCUCACUGCAGACGCACAUGCAGGUCCAUUUGAGGGAUCAACCUGGAGGAGCUGCAGCAGCGUCGACAGCCGGAGCAGCCUCCUCGAAGGCCAGCAAUAGCAACAAUUCGAGCAACAGCAGCAACUCCAGUAGCAGCAAUUCAAGCAGCAAUAGCGGAACGGCGGUGGCGGCGGCAACAACGAUUGUUAAGCUAGAGCCGCCGCAAGAGAUUGAACGGCCCGACACGAGCAGCAAUCGGCAGCUGCAGCAACACCACCAGCACCAAAUGGAACUGGACGAACAUUCGGGAUUGAGCGGGGAUGAUGAGGAUGGCAACGGCGGCGGUAUGAACUCCUCGCACAUUGUGAACGCAACCACCAAUCGCUUGACCACCGGCGAGGACUCAUCGGAGUCCUCGAAUGCCUCGCUACACCUGAACCAGCACUCCUCCACCUCAUCCUCGCCAGCCUCGCAGCAUCAUAUGUCGCAACAGCAGGUGCAGCAGCAGACGCAACAGCAAUAUCUCGUUUCGGCGCCCACACGAACGAUUGUCAUUAAAAACUAUAUGCAGCAGGGAUCCCAACAGCAGCAGCAACAGACCUCCGAUCCAACGCCCGUGCUGCAUGCACAGGUCAUCCAGAGCGGUGCAGGCACCAGCAACGGCAGCGGCAACACCUCCACCAACAGCAGCAGCAGCAACAGCAGUAGCAACAUUGUUACCAGCAACACCAGCGGCAAUCUCAGCAAUGGCUCCCAGUUGAUACGAAAGACGCCAAUCAUUCAUCAUUCAACCAGCAUCAGCGCUGGGUCAGCGCUGACCAGUGUGGUGCAGCAGACCGGUGUUGUUUCGCCCGCUCAAUCGCCAUCGUCAUCCUCGACCUCUUGCUCCUCAUCCACGGUGCUGGUGUCCAAGGCCACCGGUGUGCCCCUGUCUAUAGCUUCCUCAGCAGCGGCCGCCCUAGGGGGCUCCACGAUCAUACGCAGCACGAGGAACCACCAACAGCAGCAACAGCAACAAGCCCAACAACAACAGCAGCAGCGGGUGACGCAGCGCAACAACCACCGAAACCACCACCGACGUCGUCAUUUGGCGGACAUGGAUGACGAUGAAGAUGAGGACGAAGAUCAGCAACUGCAGCAGCAGCAGCAUACGCACCAAACCCAACCGCAGCAUCACCAUCACCACAAUCAUCAUCACAACCAUCACAAUCACCACUUCGAUGACGAUGAUGACGAUGAGAAAUCUUCACCGUCCCUGGCCACAGCGGCCAUUAUUAAAGUGGAACCGAAUCUAUAUUCCUCGGGCUCCGGCGACAACUCCAACGAUAUGUUUAUCAAGGAGGAGGUGAUGUUUGAGGAUUCGGCUGCCCUGCAUUCCCCACAAUCGCCGCCUAGCUCAAAAUUCCGUAUCUCCAAUUUUGAUAGUGAUUUGGUUGAUCAUCAUGUGGAUUUGAAUCAUUCGCUGCCGCCGUAUGGUAAUCUUUUUGAACCGCACUCGAUACCGGAUAGCAUACCAGUGCAGCUGUAUCCGGAUGAUGACGAUGACUUCCGGCUGGAUCAUAGUUCGCUGGGUGGACUGCACAACACAACGUCGUCGUCGACCACCGAUGGGGACUUUAUCAAAAAGGAAUGGGUCUACGGCACUGGCACCAGUUCCUAUGCCAUGAAUGGCAAGUUUGAUGACGACAGCGAUGCCCUAUGCGAUGCGGCCAAUUUCAUUUACAAUUGAGUGCAGG